CUUCUCCACCCCUCACCUUCCUGCCUCCGUCCCUUCUAUACCUAGAGUCCUCCUUCGAUCACCUCGUCGAUUCGAUCCCUCGGGUUGAAGGUAGCAUCACCGCCAUGAAGCUUGGCGUGCCGUUCUUCGGUUCCUCCGGCGCCAAGAAGGAGGUCAGCAAGAGGACGAGGUCGAAGAACGGCAAGAGCGCCUCCUUCGGCUCCACCGCGUCGUCUUCGUCCGAUGAGUGCGCGACCGUCACGACGCCGCGCACCGUCCUGCCGCCGUCGGCAUCCGGGGCCAAAGGAAAGCCGGCACCCGUGACGAGGGCGGACCUGGAGAUCGCCCUGAGGAGGGUGGUCUCGAGCGAGGCGGAGCUGGCCGAGAUGCUCGCCGAUGCGGAGGGGUCUGGGAUCCUGCUGGAGGAGAUCGCGGCCGAGGCCCAGGCGGCGGACGAGGGCGAGCUAAAGGAGACGUUCGCGGUGUUCGACGCCGACGGGGACGGCAGGAUCUCGGCGGAGGAGCUCCUGGCCGUGCUCGCGUCGCUCGGCGAUGACCGGUGCUCCGUCGAGGACUGCCGGCGCAUGAUCGGCGGCGUCGACGUCGACGGCGACGGCUUCGUCUGCUUCAACGAGUUCACGCGCAUGAUGACGCAAGGGGUGUGAGACGAUGUCGGUGUUCGCGUGCCGUUGAUCUAUAUUUGUGUUGCUUUGUUUGCAGCUGUUCUUUGGUUGCCGACCAUGCAUGCCAAUACUUUUUUGUAUCCUCCGUCGGGCGAGGUGAAUCCCAACAAGAGGUGCCUACCUUUUUUUUUGAAAAUGGAAUUGUCUGUCGGAAUUCGGUAUAUGUAUAGCUCCAAAUACAAAUUCAUUUGUUUGGCUUGGCGAAUUGAGUGUUUUGAUACGUACACAACGUAGAGCCAACACUGAUAAUCAAAGAAAUACAUAGAUACGAGGGAUUCACCUGGCUCAUUACGUUGUAAGGAUAUACCUAGUUUGAAUUCCACUCCAUAACUUGGUAGAGUUUUGGAUUCUAGAAUUUAUGUUUAUUAUCCUGUUUCUCCGCGGAAUCAGAAUCAAAUCAUCCAAUGUUCAUUUAUCCUUUCAUCGUAUAAGCGCAUUCGUAGGAUCAGAAGGGUUGCGUGCAUGUAUUAUUCAUAAGGUUGAGUGUCAUGCGUGUAUGUAAGCGUACUGUGUUUUGAAAAAAAUAUAUAUUGUGCUAUAAUAUUCGAGG